ACGGCUAAUGGGCGGGGUAGAAGUGGCUCGCGGACCCCGGAUGUAGUGGAGCGGCCUUACGAUGAGCAAAGGCAAAGAGUGACCCCAACGGCCCGUGAGGAGAACGUUGGUGUCUGCAUACCUGAGAAAGAACAUUGAAUUUGCUGUUUGGAAUCUUCCUGAUGUCGGAACUACCUGCCCAGGUUGUGCCUGUAUUCCAGGGAGGGCAGCCGACGGAGAGUGCAUCUGAAAACCAUCAAGUAAACACGUCCGAUCUCGCCCGCAGGAGGCUAAGUGAUGACAACUCUUAUCAAGAGAGGAAUGGCCAAUCUCAGAGUGCCAGCAGGCAGACUCAGGAGGAGGAUGAGAGUGAUGAUGAAGAACUGACCCUUAAAUAUGGGGCCAAGCAUGUCAUUAUGCUGUUUGUGCCAGUCACCUUGUGCAUGGUGGUGGUGGUGGCAACGAUCAAAUCGGUGACCUUUUACACACGGAAAGAAGGCCAAUUGUUGUAUACCCCAUUUACAGAAGACACAGAUACUGUUGGAGAGCGAGCUGUAAACUCCAUAUUGAAUGCCCUCAUUAUGAUCAGUGUCAUCGUUGUGAUGACACUUGUUCUUGUACUUCUCUACAAAUACAGGUGCUACAAGGUCAUUCAUGGAUGGCUGAUAAUCUCGUCUCUCUUAUUGCUUUUCUUUUUCUCAUUCAUCUAUUUGGGGGAAGUCUUCAAAACCUAUAACGUUGCCAUGGAUUACUUCACGUUGGCAUUGGUGAUCUGGAACUUUGGAGUGGUCGGGAUGGUCUGCAUCCACUGGAAGGGCCCACUUCGGCUCCAGCAGGCUUACCUGAUCAUGAUCAGUGCUCUUAUGGCUCUAGUUUUCAUCAAAUACCUCCCAGAAUGGACUGCCUGGUUAAUUCUAGCGGUGAUUUCAGUAUACGAUCUGGUUGCAGUGCUGUGCCCCAAGGGUCCCUUGCGCAUUCUAGUUGAGACUGCACAAGAGAGGAAUGAACCAAUAUUUCCAGCUCUGAUCUAUUCCUCGACAAUGGUAUGGUUGGUUAAUAUGGCAGAUACUGAUCCAGAAGCCCGGACGAACCCUCCGAAAGAUUCUGGUUUGCCACCACCCGGCCUUGCCCUUAAUCAGACUUGUGCUGACGAUGGCCCGACCCAGGUAGACGAUGGGGGCUUCACUCAGGAAUGGACAAACAGCAGAAAUGCCAGGUUGGGUCCUAUGGAAUCAACCCAGGAGAGUCGGGCAGCCGUGCAGGCUCUGCCUAGCCCUCCAGUAGCAAUUGAAGAUCCUGAGGAAAGGGGUGUGAAACUUGGAUUAGGUGACUUCAUAUUCUACAGUGUCCUUGUUGGAAAAGCAUCAGCCGCAGCAAGUGGAGACUGGAAUACGACUCUGGCCUGUUUCGUAGCAAUAUUAAUUGGUUUGUGCCUUACUCUGCUGCUGCUUGCCAUCUUCAAGAAGGCACUGCCAGCACUGCCCAUCUCCAUCACCUUUGGCCUGGUUUUCUAUUUUGCUACUGAUAACCUGGUCCGCCCCUUCAUGGACCAACUGGCUUUGUAUCAGUUUUAUAUCUAGUGUUUGUUUUGGAAUAAAUGUUUCAAGUUGUACUGUAAAACUUUCAUGCUGAGCACUGGAAAAGGAUCUUUUUUUGUUGUAACUGGUAUAACCAUCUCUCAAGUAGAGAACAAUAAAACUGUAUGGGACCUCUGUGGAUUAUAAUUAUCGGAACAAUUUGUUAUUUUUUUAAAUCCAACUGUUGCCUGUGCACACUUCUGAAUUUGAUCACUCCUGUGUGUCUGUGGGAUUGAUUUUAACCUGAUAUACCACUGAGUGCCAUGGUCGAAGUGAAAAGUGACAGGGCUGUGCUGUUAGAAGUUUCGGUGCAGCUUUGCUCUUUCUCAGUUUUUCUGCAAAUUAUGUUAUAACAUUGCAAUGAAAAAAAGCUGCAUUCAGUGUCCAGAAUGCAGCCUUCUUUGCAACAUUAUUACUGUGUAAAAAGGUUUUUAUUCCUUUAAAGGCAGUUUUCUGAACUGCUGAGGGUCCCCCAUUAAGUAAACAUUUCUUGAAUAGAUGCCUGAACUUUAUUUCACCCUAUACUGGACAUUCCUUCCCUCAUUCUGCUUAAACUCACCCGCUGAACUUUGGGAAUAAAAACAGGCAAUGCUGGAAACACUCAGCAGGUCAGUUCAGACCAGUGGAGAGAGCAAAGAUGUGAGUUGAAGUUCCGGGCCCAUGGUCAGGUUUUUGGAUCGUGGCCCAACAACUUUGUUUUCAUCACAGCUUUCUAGCAACAGUGGUAUUUUGCUGUUUUGUACUUGAUUUUUUUAUUUGAACAAAGCAAAUGUGAAUCAGAAGCUGUGGAUUUUGUGAUGUUUUGUGACAAUACAUGCAGACUUAUUGAAUUGCUUUUGAACAAAUGGGGGAAAUGAUUGGACUUCCUUUGGGGUCUCUGAUCUGUAGCAAUUAAAAGUUGGCGAUGCA